AUGAUACUUCUGGCAUUUCUAAAGCUUUUUAUCGUGAUUGCCGAUGGCGGUAUACUCGAAAAAUACGCCAACGUACCUGGAAAUGUACACGGUAGGUACACUCGAGAUAUUCACGGACCGGAGCUUCUAAUACCGAGACGAGUGUCUGACGAUGGUAGCUUCAGCACGUAUUCCUUGCCAAAUUUCUAUAACCGCCGAGAGAUCAGCGGGCGGGACAAGCGAUCCCUCGGGGCGAUCGAUAAAUUGCACCUGGUGCUACCCUUCAACGGGAUCGAUCACCACGUGGAGCUCAGCCCGUACCAUGAAUUCAUCUCGCCCGACAUGGUGGUAGAGACACGGGGAGCCGGAAUCAGCACUAAUCUCGAUGAGGGCUUGAGAUUCAGGAGGGCGUCCGAUCGGCAGUGUCACUAUCGCGGCACUGUUCGAGGCCACGACAAUUCCAGGGCGGCCCUGUCUCUGUGCGACGGCGUGGCUGGUUACGUGCAAACUAAUCACGGUCGGUACUUCAUCGAGCCAGUGUAUCAGGCGGAACCCGACGCGGACGGUCAGCACAUUCAUGUAGCUUACAAACGGGAUGCACCACACGAGAGAAAAGAGCAAACCAAUGUUGUAUCGAAAAGACAUUGUGGAACUAGCGACAACUGGGAGUCGGCGUGGGCGGAACAGUUGGCUAAAAGGCAGAUGCAGUUAAUGGAAAAUAAUUCUCUCGGUGCGAAACGCGACACAACAAUAUCCUCGGGCACACACAGUAUACACCGUUACAUAGAAAUUGGAUUAAUCGCCGAUCGGAGAUUUCUUGAUUUUCAUAAUAAUACUGAUUAUGAGCAAUAUCUCUUGACAAUCAUGAAUAUGGUGUCCGAUUUUUAUCAUGACAGUUCCGUGGGAAAUCAAAUAGACGUCGUCUUAGUACGCAUGAUAUACUUGGAGAAAGAGAAAGAGGAGAUAGAUUUGCUCAUUAGUCCAGCUGCCGAGGAAACGUUGGAAAGUUUCGCGAAAUGGGCGGAGAAAAUGAAUCCGAAGGAUGAUAUGCAUCCCAAUCAUUUUGAUAUUGCAGUAUUGGUUACGAGAUACGACAUUUGCUCGGAGGGAACUAAUUGCGAUUUGAUGGGUCUCGCUCAUGUAGCUGCGGCCUGCGACCCAGCAAAGGCUGCUUGCAUCAAUGAAGACAGUGGACUUUUGCUUGGCAUCGUGGUUGCUCACGAAGUUGGUCACGUAAUGGGUUGUUCUCACGAUGAGCCGGAGACUAGCGGAUGCCCAUCAAUGGACACAGAUGAAAGCUACUUUAUUAUGUCUCCUAUUGUCUUCCUAUAUACCAUUAGAUGGUCGACUUGCAGUAGGAAAUUUAUAACAGCUUUUCUCGAGAGCGGAUUGGGCGAAUGUUUGCUUGACAAUCCAAGAAAUCCUCCGGAAAAACUAAAAUAUCCGAACAUGUUGCCGGGUGCGAUGUACAACGCUGACUUCCAAUGUGACAUGCUAUUUCGUGGCUCAAAAGUGUGCCCGCAAUCUCAUACGACUGGCUGCGAGACUCUGUGGUGCUUGACCAACACGAGCUGUUAUUCCUUAGGGACGCCAAAGGCUGAUGGUACGAAAUGCGGUGAGAACAAGUGGUGCAUACAUAAGAAAUGCGUGGACAUGGGCACUCGACCGGCCGCGGUUCACGGUGGAUGGGGCGAUUGGGGUCCCAUGGGCCCUUGCAGCAGAACUUGCGGCGGUGGUCUCAAAUAUUCCGAGAGGGAAUGCGACCGGCCGGUACCGGCGAACAGCGGUAGAUACUGCAUCGGCGAGAGAAAGAGGCUUUUCACUUGCAACACCACGCCCUGCGACCCGACGAAACCGCCGUACCGCGCGGUACAAUGCUCGGAACACGACAACGAAGAGAUACUGACGGACGGGCUCCAUCAAUGGAAACCGUACAUGGAAGCGAAAUUAGAAUCCUGCGCGCUCUACUGCAUCAAUGAGAAGAACACAUACGUGAAGAUCUCGCCGACGGCGAACGAUUCGACACCCUGCAAAGCUGGGACCAAUUAUAUGUGCAUCUCCGGAACGUGCAGGAAAGUCGGAUGUGAUUGGAUGAUAGACUCGGACGCGAUUGAGGAUAAAUGCGGCAUCUGUAAAGGUGAUGGAACGAAGUGUAGUCCGGUCAAGGGUGAAUUCAUUGAAACAGUGUUGCAAAGCGCGUAUACGAAGAUCGUAACAAUACCGAAGGGAGCUAGCAAUAUAGAGGUUUCCGAGAGAAAACCUAGCGUGAAUAUACUGGCUGUGAGACUCGAAAAGGAUAAAACAUAUUGCAUCAAUGGAGACAAUCGCGAGUUUAAAAGCGGAGAUUACGAGUGUGCUGGAACGAUAAUUAUCUAUACGCAUCCGGAACCGGACAAGGAAGUAGUGGAAAUGAAAGGUCCGAUAUCCGAAGAUAUUGAGAUACAAUACGCGUUCUUCAAUCCUCAAAACAAUCCCGGAAUAGAUUACAAAUAUUAUGUGAGAUCGAAGAGUGUAUCGUACACGCCCAAAUAUAUGUGGGACUUUGUCGAGUGGUCAGAGUGCAGUGCUAAAUGCGACGGUGGUACGAUGAUAUCCGAAGCGUCCUGCAUUGAAGAGCAAGGCGGGCGAGUAACGCCCAAUUUCUGUGACAGAAUACCACGUCCGGAAACGAAAAGUCGCAUUUGCAAUCAAACCCCUUGUCCCGCAAAAUGGCGAGUGAGUCAAUGGAGUAAAUGUAACGCCUGUGAUGGGAAGAAGGGUAUAAGACGUCGCAAGGUUCAAUGCGUAAGACCUGGUGCUCGACCUGGGGAGGAUGAUAUGCAAGCAAAUUUAGACGCGUGCAAAGGUCGCGUGCCGAGACAGAAAGAAGAGUGCAUAGGUACAAGACCCUGCAGAACGAUGUGCCCCAAGAAAACUCGACAAUCCAAUGAGCUCGUAACUAUAAAGGAGGAAGCAAACUUAUCACCGGACGAUCAGCGGAGAAUAAUUGACAGAUUCGUCGAUCUUGGUCUGGCCCAUUACUUGGAGAAGAGCCGUGACAAGUUGCACGACAAUGACAAGCUCGAAGGGACGAGCGCCGCUCGGGACUUCCGACAGGUCCUUUACGACUGGGCGAUGACAAACGAGGACAAGCGUAAGCGCACCUGCGAGACGGAGGAGAAAUUCACCACACCGAAGCCGGGAUCCAUCAUCAAGGAUUCGAUACCUAUCGAGAAGGUUGUAUUGCUGCAGGCGCCGUACAUGGACGAGUCCCUUCAGUCUAAUCUGUCAGACAAGGCGUUUCAGGAAGCCGGCGAUCUUGUCGGCGUUGGCAUUGACACGAGCCAGCAGAAGGUUUACAAGGGCUCACAGGCGGUCAAACUUAUCGAACAGUUAAACUAUCAUAAUCUGACAAUGAAACCGCGCGCCGUUUCUACUACAGAGACUAAAGAUCUCAAUCUAUCAGCGGAUACCGCGUCGGAAAAGAGGCGUUAAAUAAUAAAAAAUUAAACGUUCACGUAGUAUUACGUUCGUAUAUGUAUAGUUGUCGUAGAUGUAUAAGUUUCAGAAAUAUACAAACACGUAUGUAUUAAAGAGAUGACAUUAGGACU